AUGCAAAUAGCUGCCAUUGACUUUGUGCUUGCGCACGUUGUUCAGGACGAUGGGUACUACACGCUCUGGCGGGUUUACAUCUCCGCGCUUAUACCCGACAUCGCCUGGCUAUCGUCCCGCCACAAGCAUGCGUUACCCACCACCUCCAGCUUCAAUUGUUACGGCGACGCAGGUGUCCAACCACCACCAAACCACGACAAGCUGGAGAAGGAUACUCAGAAGGAGGUGACGCACAUGCUCGUUGCUGGAUGCAACAAGACGCGUCUCUCUGUUGAUCUCCGCGACCGCUUCCGCAACGCAUUCCUUGACGUCUACCAACCCGCGGGCUGCAAGCCGUGCGAUACGAUGAAGAAGACUCAUCAGGGUAGGGGGAAGGAUCAUGGGCCUGCACAGCCGCUGCGCACCGCAACGGAUGACGCGCUCGCGUCAAGCAACUCGGUGGGGUCCGUGCGGUGGAAGAGGCGGCAUACAGUCCAAUGCUUGUUCAGGGGUGGCGCAGAGAACGUGCCGGAGAGCGACGGCCCUAGGGGCACCCCACACAUGACCGGCGACGAGAUGGUCAUGAACCCUGACGGGGAGACGAAGGAGGCAGAGAUGCAGAGGAUAGACUCGCUCAAUGGCACAAUCACGAUCCCCAACUCCGCUCCCAGCUCGUCGCUCUCAGGGCUGAUCGACUCGUUGCAUACUAGGACGUCUCUCCAGCACGUGGUCUACGGCCACGAACGCUGCUUCGCCGACUUCAUUGCACCUCUCCGCUACUGA